AUGCGAUUAAUAAAUUUGGCUCUCGUCUUGGGUUCCUUCGCCUUCUGCGCCUCUCUGCCUAACAACAUCAGAAACGAUCCUAUGGAUUUACAAGCUCGGGCCAGCGGUCAUUCCUUUGCCGGUUUUGGAGGUCACGGAGGAGGACACGGGGGCGGUCACGGAUUAAGCCUGGGAGGACACGGAGGAGGUCACGAACUAGGCGGCCACGGAGGAAGUCACGGUUUGAGCCUGGGAGGACACGGAGGCGGUCACGAACUCGGCGGACACGGCGGAGGUCACGGUUUGAGCCUGGGAGGACACGGCGGAGGUCACGAACUGGGCGGACACGGCGGAGGUCACGGUUUGAGCCUGGGAGGACACGGCGGAGGUCACGAACUGGGAGGACACGGCGGAGGAGGCCACGGAUUAAGCUUGGGAGGACACGGCGGAGGAGGCCACGGAUUGAGCCUGGGAGGACACAGCGGAGGCCACGGAGGAGGCGGACACGGCGGAGACGGAGGCGGUCACCAUCUGGGUCUAGAAAGUCACGGCGGCAGUCACGGUCUAAGUUUGGGAGGUCACGGCGGCAGUCACGGUCUAAGUUUGGGAGGUCACGGCGGAGGUCACGGUCACGGAGGAUCUCAUCCGAGUUAUUUCGAAGGAUGGGCGAAAGGAUGGAAAGCAGGUUUAAAAUUGUGUGGCGGGAAAGGGCAUUGA